AUGUUACCCGAGGGCUUCACAGAGAUCAAUCUCAAUAAUCAUGACAAUUCAGAAAUCCAAAGAAGCGUUCUGGAUCGUACUGAAAAGGGUUACGACAGAGCCCUUCGUCUAUUCGAUUUGUUUGUCACAAAUCAUCCAGGCACUGUCUCUCCACCCGAUAUUCGUACCUAUAAAGGUUUUAUUCAAUUUUUAGGUAGGGAUCUCAGAGGUCGUCUUAGUAAAAAUAAAGUCCCGGUUUUAAGUACUCUUGACAACAUAAAGAAAGAUUUAGACGCUGGAUUUGCCCGGCAUCAGAGCUACAUUGUUCCAGAAUAUAUCAGUACAACAAUUAAGGGAAUAUCAAAAAAUGGGUUCUCCCACAACGACCUCAAAAUUGUGCAGAAACACCUUUGGUACCAUAACUCCUUUGAAUACCGUGGGAAAUACCCGGAAAGAACAAGAGUAGAACUCAGUGUAUCAAUACUCCUAUACUGUUUCACAUCAGCUAGAACAGGAGAAGUACAUGAAUCUACAGCUCAUCGAACUUCAGCUCAUGAACAUGGAGAUACAGAUCUCGCGAAGCAUAUGAGCGCGGCUCACUUUCGCCUUUACAUUGAGUGGAUUGAAGGAGAGUUCAUGCUUGUUCUUGACUAUAACCGAGACUAUACCAAGGGAUCCUGGAAAAUGCAGCUAUCGGAACUCCCGACCCACAGAUUCUACGAAAAAUAUACUGAAAAGACACCACUUUUCCUUAACCUUCUUACCUUUUUUUUACCUUUGGCGUCAGCCGAUCGGGCCUUUCGUGACUACAGAUCUGUCGAUGAAAUCCUUGAUGAAGUGGACUUGCUGAGCAGUACUCUUCAAGAAGCGGAGCAUAAAACUAUUGGCACUAUAUAUUUCAGGCCUGAUAUACUAGACAUACCUCUAUUUCGCCCUCAAGAUGAGCAAGCCAUCGAUACUUCUACUGGAAGGGCUAGAGGAGCCGACGAUUUUAGAAAAAUGUUCGCUGCGCUUGGGCAUCGGGCUGGGUACCCAGACAAUAUUACUGUCCGAGCUUGUCGUCGAGCAGCACUUAUGGAAGCUGGUAAGGAUUAUUUUUCAAUAAAGCGGAUAACGCUAAACUCUUACACUCACCGCGUGGUCGAGGCUCAUGGAACAGCAAAUUUCCUUGGGAUCGGAAGCCGACGUGGUCAUAUCGAGAACCAUCGUAGUAUGGGCGUCCGCCGUAAUCCCCAUCUCUAUCAAGCCCUCCCAGCAAGGGCAGAGCUUGAAUUUCAGGAACGUGAGGAUGUUGUUCAGCUUGAUACCGAGAUUCAAUCAAUGAAAAAAGACGAGUUAAGCCGCUUACGGCGGGAGCAGCCUCGUCUGGUAGAGUUACAAUCCGGAGAUGGCGAGCGGACACGCGAUCUCAUAGCCGAUAUUCUUCCGGAUCCCGUCGAGCUACGAAGCUCCGCCGGCCGUAUAGCAAUUCGUGCCCUCGAGACCAUCUGUUCGCACGAGGUUUCUCGACUUGCCGCCAUGGGCCUUUCCAAUUUCGCAGAACUUUGCUUUGAGUGUGACUCAUGGUAUAAUGAUUACGGGAAAUGGGCCCAGCACUGUGAGGACCACCUAGGUGCAAGCAAAAAUUUACUUCGCUGUGACCCGAUAAUUCUUCGCAAUGCCCCAGUUAAAGUGGGUCUCUGCCCAUUCUGCGUAGGAGAUGAGAAUUUGAGUCCAUGCAAACGCAUGGGUCAGUUCUUUGAUCGCAAUUGUUGGUAUAAGCAUGUUCAGUCCCACCUCGACUACCAAGCAUUGUCAGGGAGGUUUCAUUGCCGUCACCCUGCCUGCCAAGAAAAUUUUCGAGGCUUGGCGGACCUAGAAUGUCACCUGCGUGAUAUACACAGCUAUAACCCUCCGCGCGGAAAGAAGCGAGCCGCAAAUGUCGAGGACGGAGAAAGGUGA